GCGAGAUACAGUAUCUUCAGUGCGUGUGUAUGUGUGUACAUAACAUGUCAGAUCUUGUAGAGAAUCAAGUUCAAUCGCUGCUUGCUGGACAAGCGUUGGAAAACGAUGGCAUAUGCAAUAUACACACUCUCGCGAGUGACACAACAGGUGCAAAAUCAGGUCAACUAACAGCACACAUUCCCAUUUGCUCGAAAACAGUGACGUACAUAGUUGCCGCUGUUGUCAUAAAUGACCAGGGCGAGGUGUUGAUGAUGCAGGAGGCGAAGGCCUCCUGCACCGGAAAGUGGUACCUGCCAGCUGGUAGAGUGGAGAAGAACGAGAAUCUCAUAAGCGCCGUGAAGAGGGAGGUCCUGGAAGAGACGGGUCUGGUGAUAGAGCCAACAACUCUGAUACUGGUGGAGUGCGCGAAUGGCACGUGGUUUCGUUUUGUAUUCACUGGGGAUAUAGUCGGCGGCACUCUGAAGACACCCGAUCAGGCAAAUGAGGAAUCGCUACAGGCAUCCUGGAUACGAAACAUCGACGACUUGCCUUUAAGGUCUAACGACAUCCUAUAUCUCCUGGACCGAGGCAAAAGUUAUGUUUCAAAUAGGACUGUUCCCCAGCAUCCUCACUUGAUGCCUGUGACGAAACCACAUAGAAAACUAUUAUUGAGAUUAAUAGUCACCUCUAAGAAAAGGGCAACGAAUAGAUUACAUGUGCUUAUGUCUGACACUACACAAUGUAAUCCACCAAUUUGUGAAGUUAAUCCAAAUCGUAGUUUACUGUCUACUUUGCACAGCUUUAUGACAGAGAUAUUUGGAAAUGAUGUAGCACAACACAAGCCACAUGGUUUAUUGUCUGUAGAAUUUAGUGGUGGACAAGAAGGAGGAGAUGGUCUGUGCUUAACAUUACUGGUAUCCUUCAAAUUACCAUUGGAAGACGUACCUAUAAUCGGGAAAUAUAUUUGGCAUGAACUUUCUGAAAACGUAGCAGAAACUCUUGCAGCCCGUCUGCCGCGAAACAUGACUGUGCCUUUAAAGGUCGUACGUUAAUUGCACGAAUAUUUUAUUAAGCAACUUUAUUUUGCUUGAUAAAAAUGAACAGUAUAUUAUAUAAGGAGAUAAUACUCAGAGAAUUUUUUUACUAAAAUCAAGUUUAUAAUGUUAAACAUCGUAGUUACCCUAGUCUACACCAAUGACUUUAUGACGAACAUUAACAGAUACAUAAUAGAUAACAUUCCAUAUUUUUAUCUAAUAUAAAUAAUUUAUUUUAUAAUUAUAACUAUAUGACAAAAAAACUAAAGUAUUAAUCUUGAAUUGAUAUAGUAACACAUCAGAUCAAAUUCUUAAAAGUUUAAUCUAUUUCCAGUAUAAAAAAGUAAUCGUAAAUUACAAUGGAUUUUUUUAAACAGUAUGUAUUAAUAGAGUAUAACAAAAAUCUCAUAUAGUAUAUCAUAAUAUGUAUAUUUAAAACUCAAAUUUUUUAUAGACCAUAUCAGUAUGUAAUUUGAAUUAAAUAAUUAGAAAGUGUAUAUAUACAUAUAUAUAAUUAUAUAAAAAAAUUAUUAAAAGCCAAGUUUAUUAGUUUGUUGUAAAAAUUUAUUAUUAAACACUACAUAAAAAUAUCUUUAAAAUAUUUAAAAUGUUAAAUAGAUUUGAAAUUUUAUAUUCGCAUAUAUAUGCGAUCAAAAGUUGCACAGUUUGUAACAUAUCUCAUUUAGGAAAAUUAUAUCAUUCAAGCAAUAUCUGUUAUAUAAUGUAAAAAAUUAAAAGUAGAGAUAAUUUAUUGAAGAAAAAUUCAUAACAAUAAGACAUAAAUAUAAAAGUAAGGAUAACAAAGUUUUAAUGAGCAAUUUAUCACUUAUUCCACAUCAAAUUGCACAUAGAGCUCAAAACAAGAUUCAAAUUAUAUUUUGAUAAUUUUUAUACAUAUUGUGCUUUGUUUACUCAAAAUAUUCUAAUAAUAAUUACAAUAAUUUACUUAUGUAAUUCAAGAGCUAUUUAAGUAUAAUUGUUGUAGAUUAUAAAAUACUUGUAUAAUCAAAAAUAAUUGAAAAAGAAAUAAUGAAUAUGUUAAUUAUUUAUAUAAAUAAAGUAACAUUUUUUUUA